AUGAGGUCAAGAUUCCAUCAGUUAAAGAAAGUGAAAAUCCGCCAAUCAUGGAAUAAAUUUAAUUUAUACAAUCUCGCCAGAUACAAGCCGAGAGUGGAAUAUGGCACAUUCUUUCAGCAAAAAUGGAAAGCAAAGUCGGCCAGUCGAGCAUACCAUGGAGAGCAAAUUCGAGAGGGGCAAUGGACAAAAAUGUUUAGGCCGAGAGCGGCCGCUGUUAUCCCUAUGGAUGGUAGAUACUUAGCUGAACACGAUGGUUCCGAGUUGGCUGCUGGACGAGGAUCUGGGUUGGACACAGCAUUUCCCAAGACUAUUCAUUUCGACAGAAAUCAAAUACCUUACAUGUCAAUGGUUUAUGCACCGAUGGAACGACGAUUGGAUACGGCCAUAUUCAGAUCGCUAUUUGCAAGCAGCACGAGACAGGCAAGGCAAUUUGUUGUGCACGGAAAGGUUAAGGUCAAUGGGAAGAAGAUGCCAUAUCCAGGAUACCUUCUAAACCCAGGAGAUAUGUUUCAAGUAGACAUCGAACGAGUACUCUUCGCAACCGGCGCUCCAAAAACCAACGAUCAAAUCAAAAGUGGCCGAGGACUGAGAAGAUCCCUUCGCUCAAUGAAUGAUCAAAAGACCAAGAACGCCGCCGCCAAGAGAGAAAAGGAAACGGUCGCAGCAGCUGCGAAAGCAGAAGGGAAUGAAACUGCAAGCUCCGAAGAAACCCCCGAAUCCAAAGAAAAGGACGCAAAAGACAAGCUCCGCAUGGAAUUCCGUACUCUCUCAGAACACGCCGAUGUUCUCGCGGCCGAUAGCAAGAACGCCCCAUCAGGCAAACGCAAAAUCGCCCUCCGCAAACUGAAACGUGAAAUCCGCACCACCCUCUCCCAAGUCAAUCGUAAAACCAUUGCGGACCUCAAUGCCAUCCUCAAAACCUACACUACCAACCUCGCCAAAAGCGAAGAUCUCGAAACUCUUGCCCACAACGGCCCUAAAGUCAUCAACGCAGAAGAUACACAUGAUUACCAAAAAAAAUUAAAAUUGGCAAUUCAACGUGCGAGAGAGAAUCCAAUAGAUGAAUCGAAACCCUAUAUGACUCCUUGGCAACCAAGACCAUAUAUGAGUGCAUUUGCAUUUAUUCCAAGAUAUUUGGAAGUCAAUCAGAAGAUUUGUAGUGCCGUGUAUCUAAGACAUCCAGUGGCGAGACCAGGGUUCAGUGAGGUACCUAGUCCGUUCCCGAUGGAUGUGUUGCAGUUGGCGCAUAAUUGGUAUUUGAGGAGGAGGUAG